AUGACAUCGCUUACAGUAAGUUAUGGUUUGAUUUCACCUCAAUCACCAGAUAAGAAAAAUGCACAUAUUUUACCAGUUUCAAGAAUUUUACAUCCAAAAUUAACAGAUGAUUAUUAUUUAACUACAUCAAGAGAUGGUUCAAUUGUUUUACAUCCAUCAAAUCAUGAUGAGACUCCAACAAGAUUUCAAAUUCAUUCGGAUUGGGUCAGUGAUAUUAUUGAAAUUAAUCAACACAGUUAUAUUACUACUUCACAUGAUUUUAGUAUUGUUCAUGUAAACCUUUUUAAAAAUUCUGUUGGUGAUUGGCUAUCAUCAAUUAAAAUUAUUGGUAAUCAUAAAGAUUAUAUUAAAUGUAUUAGUUAUAUUCCAAGACAUGACUUAUUCGUCACAGGUUCAUUAGAUUGUACUUUAAAAAUUUGGAAAAUUUCUUAUUUAUUUGGUAAUCCCGAUCCAAGUUUUGAAUUAUAUCAUAUUUUUAAAACUGGCAUUGGUUCAAUUUAUACUUUAACAACUUUAAGACAAAAUAACGAUAGUAAUAAUAAUUUUGAUUUAAUUGCAGGUGAUUGUAAUGGUGAUUUGUGGUUUUAUUCUGCUAUUGCGAAAAAAGAAAUUAAAAGAAUUAAAGGAGCUCAUGAAACAAAUAUUAAAGUAAUUAAAUUAAUUGAUGAUGAAUCAAAAUUAAUUUCAACUUGUUCAAAUGGUAUUGUUCAUAUUUGGGAUAUUAACAAUAUUGAACAAUUAAAUAGAAUUAAAUCUUGGAAAUGGAAUUGUUCAAUUUGGUGUAUCGAUGGAAAUGUUUCAAAUAAUUUAUUAGUUGGUGAUUCAUUAGGUAAUAUUAAUAAAUUUGACUUCACUGAUCUUAAUAACAUUAUUGUUAAAUCAAUAUUUAAUUCAAAAGAUUAUUUUUUAAAAUAUGAACCUUUAUUUGAUGAUAAUAAACAUCUAGGAAUAUUAGAUUUAAAAUUACUUAAUGAUUCAAAUAUUUAUUUUUCAUAUUGUUCAGAUUCAAAUUUGAAUUGUUUAAAUUUAAAACAAAAUACUUUAUCAAUAGAAAAAGGUGGGUUUGCUUUAACGAGAAGUUCAUUAUUAACAAACAGAAGACAUGUAAUUACCGAAAAUACACAAGGAAAAAUUCAAAGAUGGGAUAUUGUUUCAUGCGAACUAAUUAAUACAUUUCCUCGUAAUGAAGGUACAUUUGAUGAAAUCGUAGUAAAAUAUACUUCGAAGGAAAUUUUAUCACAUUGGUGUACUGUGACAGUAAAAGUUGGGAUGUUGUUUGUUAAAAUUGGACCAAAAUUUUCAAAUACUGAAUUAUAUGGUUCGGCAUUGCAAGAAUAUUUUGUUGUUAACGAUGUUAAAUUAAAUUCAGACGAUAGAUAUAAUAUUGGGAAAAUUGUUGUAAAUUCUUUAUUUAAUGAUUUUAUGGAAUACGAACAACGAAAGGAUGAAGAUUUUAGGAAAGCUUUAGUUAAUAAGAAAAAAGAUCAUGAUGAAAAAAAUAAUAGUAAUAAUAUUAUAACGACCACAACGACAAUUACAAAUAAUAUCAACGAGAUGAGUUCAACACCUAAAUAUAGUUCUAACAAUGGUGGUUCAAUUACCCCAAAGACUAAAGAAAAAUUUAUGAAAAUGUCAGGAUUUGGAAAAUUGGGUUCUUCAAUAUCAAUUGGGAACUCUAAUAAAAAUAAUGAAACACCUUUUGUCUCAGCACCAACAACACCAUUGGAUAAAGAAAAACAAUUAUUUUCAAAUGAAAAUAACAUUACCACACAUCAACCACCAAAGACCGCACCAGCUGCAGUUACUGGUGAAGCUAAUAAUAACAAUAAUAACAGUAAGGAUGAAAAUUUUAAUCAAGAAAUUGUUAACCCAGUACCUGUAUUAUCUAAAAACUCCUCAGGUCGUGCUCAAAGUUCAGGGUCUUUAUUAAGUAGAAAAUUUAAAUCAUUUAGAUUAACUAAAAAUGAUUCAAAUGUAAGUUCUAGUGAUUCUAAACAAGUUACAUCUGAUGAAGAAGAAAAAUUGGUAGAUCAAGCAAAUUUAUCAAUUGAUACUGAUAUCCCGGAAGAGAAGACAAUUUGGAACAAAAAUUAUGAUCCUUCAUCUGGUAUGAAGGGAGAAAGUCCAUUUAAUAACUCCAAGCCAUCAGAUUAUCAAAACCCAUUAUACAUGAAACUCGCAGAUGAAUCAAAGAUGAAAUCAAGAGCACAUUCUACUUCUACAUUAAAUUUACCUUCAACUGUAUCAAAUGCAACCACACCCGUUAGAACAGAAAAGAGACAACAAUUUAUGGCAGAUCUAAUAACAGAAUUCCAUAACGCAUACGUGGAUCAAUAUACCAGCAAUUUAACUUCAUUGAAAUUAUUAACAAGAAAGAUGCCUGAUACAUUAAUCAAAAGGGACCCAACAAGUCCAGUUGUUAAGAUCAGAUUAGCAACUUUAAUAGUGGUACACUCUUGGGAAGAAGAUGUAUCUGGUGGUAGUGUCCUUUCAUCAAGUAUAUUGCCUCCAAGCUCUAAAAGAAGACAUACCUCUAGUGAUAAUUCUAGUAGUUCUUCUCUAGUGUCAUCACAAUCUGAUAACCAAGAUCCUCUAGCUGCUAAGAAAACCAUGAAAAAGGGUGGGUUGAAUAAUAAUGAUAACCAUGACUAUUACAAUGAUUUUACUACUACGACGGGUCCCGAAGCAGGAGAUGAUGAAUUUCAUAUGACAUCAUCAAAAAAAGAUUUGUUUGAACACUUGGAGAGAGACUUACCAUAUUGGUUUGCAAAAAAAUUAUGCAAAGAUAUCAGAAUGGUCGAUGAUCAGCAACCCAAAUUGAAUUUUGUCUUACAACCAUGGUUAAAUGCAGAACAAGAAGCCCGUCAAGCUCUAUUAGAUCCUGAUGAAACUGUAAAGACAGAACAAAAACAUUACAUGUUAAAAUUUGGUAAAUCUAAAGGAACAGGAAUGACAGAUUUACCAAAAAUAUCAGAUAUGAAUGCACGUCUAACGGCACCUGGGAUGAUUAAAGUUAAAAAAAUCAAAUUUUACGUUAUUGAUAGAUUUGAAGCAAAGACAGCUGAAAUGAAGGCAAAGACAGAUCCAAGCGAAUGGUUAGAAAUCCUAUGUAAAGGUCAAGUUCUUGAUAAUGAUAUGACAUUGAGUACUGUACGUACUUUAUAUUGGAAAUCACAAGGUGAAAUCAUAUUAAAUUACAGAAGAAAAGUCGACGGUUCAGUUCUAACCAUGAACAAAGACAAUUAA